GCCCUGAAGUGGAAACAGCUGCCUGCGCUGGUGCGUUCCGCCGUCCCUGCGGCCCCUCCGCCAUGGCCGCGGCUGCCUGGGCCCGGGGCCCCGUGGACUGUCACUGCCACAUUGCCCACCACCAUUUCCACCUGGACCUUGAAGAUGUUUUGGAGAGAGCAAAGAAGGCUAACAUCCUGGCUCUUGUAGCAGUGGCUGAGAACUCAGGAGAAUUUGAAAGAAUAAUGCAACUGUCAGAAAGGUACAAGGGAUUUAUCUUGCCAUGUUUAGGAGUUCACCCUGUUCAGGAGCUUCCACCAGAAACCCAACGUAGUGUCACCUUAAGGGAUUUGGAUGUUGCUAUACCAGUUAUAGAACGCUAUAAAAAUCACUUGUUGGCAAUUGGAGAAGUAGGAUUAGAUUUCUCUCCCAGAAUUGCCGGCAGUGAUGACCAGAAAGAAGAACAGAGACAAGUCUUGAUCAGACAGAUCCAGUUAGCCAAAAGACUGGAUUUGCCUCUAAAUGUUCAUUCACGUUCAGCUGGAAGACCAACUAUUAAACUUUUACAAGAGCAAGGCGCUGAAAAGGUGUUACUCCAUGCUUUUGACGGUCGCCCAUCUGUAGCCAUGGAAGGAGUGGCAGCUGGAUACUUCUUCUCAAUUCCUCCCUCAAUCGUAAGGAGUGAACAGAAGCAGAAACUUGUGAAACAGUUACCUUUAACAGCUAUCUGUUUAGAAACGGACUCACCUGCACUUGGUCCUGAAAAACAGGUGCGGAAUGAACCCAAGAACAUUACCAUUUCUGCAGAAUAUAUUGCACAGGUGAAAGGGGUCCCUGUGAAAGAAGUUAUAGAAGUGACAACUCAAAAUGCCCUGAAACUGUUCCCCAGACUACAGCAAUUGCUUCAUAAAUAGCUUUCGAGAUUUUUCCAGAAAUCAUUCAAGUCAACCAAUAGCAAGAUAAAGGAAAGGACUUUAGGAAAUCAGGCCUUUACAUUCUUUGGCCAUUAGUGGGAAGGACUUGAUGAAAAGAAGCAAAGACUCCAGGAGCCCUGUACUCUUCGUAAAAGCAGUUCUGCCGGCUCAGGAGUGAAAAUUGUACCCAUCAAUACAAAGGACAAGAAGGAUAAGAAAAUGUCAAAUUGAGGUUGGGGAACAUUCUCAUAAGGGUUUUCCCUGAAACCUACUGUCUUGCCAAGCUGACUGGCCUCAAUUUGAAAGAAUUAACCUAAGGAAUCCAGAUUAUUCAAGGAAAAUUAAGAGUCCACAAAUAAAAUGGAGUAAAAAUCAAGAUGGAAGAAAUGGGUCAUCCAGACCUCCUAACACAGAAGUAGAAACCCCCCAGGAGGAAAGAGCAUCUUAAAAAUGUGAACAAAAGUCUGGGCUGUGGUAUCACAGAAAUGACUUGGGAAUUCCCUUAUCAGCAGGAUGUAGAAAGAGAACCUAGACCUUGGAAAAAAAAUCAACCUUGGCAUGGACUUCCCUUUGGUUGUUGGGUUUUUUAUUCGAUUCAUCAUAAUGCAGUUUAUUAGUAAAGUGUUUUAAGUAAGUGGGGGUGAGGGAGGUUAUAACUGUAUCCACCCCUCUCUCCCUUUAUUGCUCCCCACCACUCAGCCCAACUGCAAACAGCCCCAGCAUGACCAGAGAAGGAAGGGCAUGUUCAGAAGAGGGACUUUAAACUGGGUGGACCUCCUGAGUUUCACUGACCCUUGCACAUUGACUUGCAUAGAGAACUAGUUUUCUAAAUAAAACCCUUACAAUUCUGAUUACGAUAACAA